AAUGCUCGACAGUUUGAGCUUUUUCCAAGUUCACGACACACAGCAGCAGUCUAAAGAUCCACACCAGAACAUUCAGACACUCGGCGGAUCAAAUUGAAAAGAGCUACUCUUUCGUCAUAGACGCCUUGCAUAAUUUGCUAAACAUGAUUUUCGACAAGUUGAAAAAGUUUGACAUCGUCUUCGACUCCCCGGAGAUGGACUGUCCUCCUGUUUACAGCAGUGGGGACGUUGUGUCCGGACGGGUAGUGCUGGAGCUGUCCGGGGAGACUCGGGUGGAUUCAUUGAAACUCCACGCCGAGGGUUUUGCCAAAGUGCAUUGGACCGAGUCCCGGUCCGCCGGCUCCAGCACCGCGUACACCCAGAACUACAGCGACGAAGUGGAGUACCUGAACCGUAGAGAGGUGCUGCUGCAGGCAGAUAACGGUGAAGUGACCGUCCUUUCUGCUGGCAGACAUGAGUUUCCAUUCAGCUUCCAACUUCCAGAAGAGACACUGGUCACAUCCUUUGAGGGGAAACAUGGCAGCAUUCGUUACUGGGUCAAAGUUAAGCUACACAGGCCGUGGACCACUGUUAGGAAGCUGAAGAAAGAGUUUACAGUCAUUGAGCCCAUUGACAUUAACACACCAACUCUACUGGCACCACAAGCUGGCACAAAGGAUAAGAUGGCACGUGCAUGGUACCGCAACUUUGGACAAGUGUCUGUAACUGCAAAGAUUGACCGCAAAGGCUACACACCAGGUGAAGUGAUCCCUGUCUUUGCAGAAUUUGACAACUCCACCUCCAGAUCAAUUGUGCCCAAAGCUUUCAUCACUCAGACACAGACAUUUAUAGCCCGUGGCACAAUGAAGCAGAAGCGCUCAGUGGUGGCCACUUUGUGCGGUGACAUUGUGAGUGCUAAAUGCCGCGAGACCUGGCAUGGUCGCGCCAUCAAGAUCCCGCCUGUGGGUCCGUCCAUCCUGCAGUGUCGCAUCAUCAAAGUAGAGUACACACUCAAGAUAUGUGUUGAUGUUCCUGGGACAUCCAAGCUGUGUCUGGAGCUGCCACUAGUCAUAGGCACCAUCCCUCUCCAUCCCUUUGGUAGCCGGACAUCCAGCGUCAGCAGCCAGUACAGCGUCAACCUGGAGUGGCUGCGCAUGGCCAUCCCAGAGCAGCCUGAGCCUCCUCCUGAUUACAGCUCUGUGGUGACGGAGGAGGAGGCUGAACAGCGCAACAACGCUGUGGUCCAGCAGCCAGCUGAAGACCUGAGUGGGAUCCUGGAACGACCCCUCAUGGCUUUUGUCCAAGAGUUCCGUUUCCGACCUCCACCGGUGUACAGCGAGAUUGAUCCCAACCCUCAGCCUAUUAACAUGAGACCUCGCUGCAUGACAUGUUGAACCAUGAGCCCUGCCUGAGCGACAUGCAACUUAACAAUUGAAACAAAUCAAAUGAUUUGUCUUCUCCUGGAUUAUGCCUCCCUGGUGAAUAGCACCUGGUCCCAGCCUGUGUGGUGGAGAUGGACUGCAGCGCCAUGGAGAGUUCAGGAGACGGAGUUCACAGGAACUGAAUGUUUGCAGAGCAGCUGCCACUUUGUUUUCGGUCCAGUAAAGUGGACGUUUUCAAGUUCUCCUGAAGGGAAAGCAUCUUCUCUGCAUCAGUUCCUGUCCUCCCUAAGUGAUUUUUGACCUCCAGAGAAGUGAGCAACGAAAUACCUCCCAAUCAAUGUUUCCUUCACAUGAGGAGAAUUUUUGAGACUUUGGGGCAUAUUUGGGGGUUGCAGUUAAGAUCACUUGAUAUUUAUCAGGAAUCGGUGUUGUACCUGGUAUUCUCAUGUUCAAAUGAAAAGCGUUUAUGAUAAGUUAACGUGUUUAAAAGCAUAUUGUCAUCUUUGAGCAGUGUAAAAAGAGAAGUGCAAUUAUCUUCCUCAAUUUAGAACUUGCCUGUGCUGGCAUCAGGGUAGACAUUAACUACCUACAUUGCUAUGCAUAGUUUGACUCAACAGCAGUAUGCCUAUGAUGAAUUCUACUGUUAAGCACAUACUGUAUCUAAAAGUGUGAUGUUGGAGCAGACAAGUCGGAUAAGGAGAUGUUGAUGUAUUUUAUGCAUGCAGGUAAAAAUCUGUCAAAGGGAAAAAUGUAUGCCUUAAUAAUCUGCAGUUGAAGAUUGCAUGAGAGUUUAAGGGAGUUGGCCUCUCAGAGCCGGAUAUAGCUGAAUGUAUACUGAAAGAACUUAAAAAGAUGGUUGUAUUGUAAGUGGUUGAAUUCCAAAAGCAGUGAAAGACUUUAAGCACUGAAGUGUUAAGAGAGCUAUGGAAGUACAUUUGGCGCAGUGAUAAAAUAGGAUGCAGCAGUUUGCUUAAAAAACUAAAUGGGGCUUGCAGAGGAGCCCUCCCAGCUACUAAACAAAAGAGGAGAAGAUGGAGACCUCUGAGCCAUGUGGACAGAAACUUUUUAUGGGAGCCAGAUGCUUCUGUGCCGUGAGUUUGAGCCUGAAGCUGGACAUGCCACUGAAAUGUAGGGAUGAAGCACAUUCCAAAUGACUGACUUGAGGAUCUUGUUUUCUCCUCAACUUCCAAAAAACUGUCAGGAGUAUCAGUUCAGGGUCAGCUGUGCAACGUCAGUGGCACACUGAAGAUUUAGAUAAAUAAGAAAUAUUUUUAUACAAAUGCAGUUUAUUGUGAAUUAUGCCAAUGUUUUGUAAUUGCUUUUCCUAAUAAAAGGAUAAAAAUGA